GGCGGGGCUGCCGGGCGGGAGCGGGAGGCUGUGGCCGCGGGCGGGAGGGACGCGGCGGGGCCGGAGCGGAGCCGGAGCUGAGCGGGAGCGGCGGCCGCAGCCAGGGAUUGCGGAGCGGCGGGAACAGGGUGCGUCGGGCUCCAUGGCGCCAGCGGCGUCUGCCUGAACAGUACCGGCAGCAGCGGGCGGCGGCCAGAUCCGGCCCGGACUCUUCCUUGCCAUGGGGGACGUGCUGUCCACGCACCUGGACGACGCCCGUCGCCAGCACAUAGCAGAGAGAACCGGGAAGAUCCUGAGGGAGUUUCUUCGCUACUAUGAGGACCAGUAUGGCGUGGCGCUCUUCAACAGCAUGCGUCACGAGAUCGAGGGCACGGGGCUGCCCCAGGCCCAGCUGCUGUGGCGCAAGGUUCCACUGGAUGAACGUGUCAUCUUUUCAGGGAACCUCUUUCAGUACCAGGAGGACAGCAAGAAGUGGAGGAACCGCUUCAGCCUUGUGCCCCACAACUAUGGGCUGGUGCUGUAUGACAACAAAGUGGCCUGUGAGAGGCAAGUUCCACCGCGAGCCAUCAUCAAUAGCGCAGGCUACAAAAUCCUCACCUCCCUGGACCAGUACCUGGAACUUGUUGGCAACUCCUUACCAGGGACCACAUCAAAAUCGGGCAGUGCCCCCAUCCUCAAGUGCCCCACACAGUUCCCGCUCAUCCUCUGGCAUCCUUAUGCGCGUCACUACUAUUUCUGCAUGAUGACGGAAGGCGAGCAGGACAAGUGGCAGGCAGUGCUGCAGGACUGCAUCCGUCACUGCAACAAUGGGAUCCCUGAGGACUCCAAGGUGGAAGGCCCUGCGUUCACAGACGCCAUCCGCAUGUACCGCCAGUCAAAGGAGCUGUACGGCACCUGGGAGAUGCUAUGUGGGAACGAGGUGCAGAUCCUGAGCAACCUGGUGAUGGAGGAGCUGGGCCCUGAGCUGAAGGCAGAGCUCGCCCCACGACUGAAGGGAAAACCACAGGAGCGGCAGCGGCAGUGGAUCCAGAUCUCAGACGCCGUAUACCGCAUGGUGUAUGAGCAGGCCAAGGCAAACUUCGAGGAGGUACUAGCUAAGCUGCAGCUGGCCCGGCCAGCCAUGGAGGCCGUCAUCCGCACGGACAUGGACCAGAUCAUCACCUCCAAGGAGCAUCUGGCCAGUAAGAUCCGAGCCUUCAUCCUCCCUAAGGCCGAGGUGUGUGUCCGGAACCAUGUCCAGCCCUACAUCCCAUCCAUCCUGGAGGCUCUGAUGGUGCCCACCAGCCAGGGCUUCACUGAGGUGCGGGAUGUCUUCUUCAAGGAGGUCACUGAUAUGAACCUGAAUGUCAUUAAUGAAGGUGGCAUCGACAAGCUGGGCGAGUACAUGGAGAAGCUGUCCCAGCUGGCAUUCCACCCCCUGAAGAUGCAGAGCUGCUACGAGAAGAUGGAGCCGCUGCGGCUGGACGGACUGCAGCAGCGUUUCGACGUAUCCAGCACGUCUGUGUUCAAGCAGCGAGCCCAGAUCCACAUGCGGGAGCAAAUGGACAAUGCCGUGUACACCUUUGAGACCCUCCUGCACCAGGAGCUGGGGAAGGGGCCCACAAAGGAGGAGCUGUGCACGUCCAUCCAGCGCAUCCUUGAGCGGGUGCUGAAGAAAUAUGACUAUGACAGCAGCUCUGUGCGGAAGAGGUUCUUCCGGGAGGCACUGCUGCAGAUCACCAUCCCCUUCUUGCUCAAGAAGCUGGCGCCCACCUGCAAGUCGGAGCUGCCCCGCUUCCAGGAGCUGAUCUUCGAGGACUUUGCCAGGUUUAUCCUGGUGGAGAACACAUAUGAGGAGGUGGUGCUGCAGACCGUCAUGAAGGACAUCCUGCAGGCUGUGAAGGAGGCUGCCGUGCAGAGGAAGCACAACCUGUACCGGGACAGCAUGGUCAUGCACAACAGCGACCCUAACCUGCACCUGCUGGCUGAGGGAGCACCCAUCGACUGGGGCGAAGAGUAUGGUGACAGCGGCAGGGGUGGGGGCAGUGGCAGCCCCAGCCCAAGUGCCCAGGAAGCAGCCCCUCUCUCGGAAAAGCGACGGCGUGCCAAGCAGGUGGUCUCCGUGGUCCAAGAUGAGGAGGCAGGGCUGCCUUUUGAGGCUGGUCCUGAGCCACCAUCCCCUGCGUCCCCAGACAGUGUCACUGAGCUCCGUGGGCUGCUGGCCCAGGAUCUACGGGCUGAGAGCCCCCUGCCAGCUGGCCCCCUGCUUAACGGGGCCCCCGCUCAGGAGAGCCCCCAGCCCUCGUCAGUCCCUGAGGCCUUCUCACCAUCCACCUCACCCCGGCAUCUCUCGCCUGGGAAGGCUGUGGAUCUGGACGCCCCCAAGCCCAGUGACCAGGAGACUGGGGAGCAGGUGUCCAGUCCUGGCAGCCGCCCCCCCAUCCACAUCACCACUGAGGACAGUGCAGGGGUACAGACGGAGUUCUAGAUCAGCCAGUCCCCACACUUCUGCUGGACAUGGCGCAGAGGACACCCCCUAAGGCACAGGCAGGCUCAGCACUAGGGAGGGGCCACCCCAAUCUGUGCCUUGUGGUGGAGGUGGGCAGGGGCUGGUGUGGCAUCUGCAAGGGUCAGCCAGGGAUGAGCCCACCAGAGUCACUUCAUUGGGUUUGGUCAACACUUUAUUACUCCUCAUUUUCUCUUCUGUGGGAUGAUCCUGGAUGCAGGGUCUGGUUUUGGGGCUUUCGUCCUUGUGCUAGGGCUGGACGCAGCUGAAGGGGUCUGGAAGCUCUGCCCUGCCUGUCUGUGCCCUGUUUCCCUCGUGAGUCCUGCCAUCCUUCUUGGAGAUGGAGGUAAAAGCAUCAUGUAUAGGUCGGGCACGGUGGCUCACACCCACACCUGUAAUUCCAGCACUUUGGGAGGCCCAGGUGGGAGGAUCACUUGAGAAGCAUUCAAGGCCAGCCUGAGCAUCAUACUAAGACCCCAUCUCUACAAUAAUAGAAUAAUUAGGCAUGACAGCACACACCUGUAGUCCCAGCUACCUGGAUGCCCAGGAGAUUGAGGUUGCAGUGAGGUAUGAUGGUGCCACUGAAACUCUAUCUAGCCUGGGUGAUAAAGUGAGACCUUGCCUCAAAAAAAAAAGUGUAAUGUGCUGUGAAGGCAGGGAAUCCCUAGGAUUUCACCCAGGGGCAGGGACAAGGAAGAUGGAGUCUAAGGCGCUAUCUCUGGCUCUGUUCUGCUCCCUGGCCUCAAAGUGGACACAAGCCUGGUUUUCCUGACGUGGGGAAGGAGAAAUAAAAGGGGGUGUGUGUGGCCAGGCUGGGAAUUCCGGGGGAGGGACGGGUGGAAGGGGGUUGUCCGUCAGAGAUGCGUAGGCAAGGGGCCAGGGAUGAAAUGAGAAAGGCUGGAAUGUUCUGGUGUGCGGAGGGGACGUGUCCUGAGGGAUGGAGGGAGCUGACUUCUGGGAGAUGCUGGGGGCGUGUGGGUGAGGCUGACAUUGAUGUGGUGGAGUUAGGGCUGCUGUGUGCCCCCAUCUCUCCUGCCAGCCCAGCCUAGCCCCUCCCUCUUGCCUGAGGCCUGCGGGUCCCCAGGGUCCCCUCCAUUUCCCAACUCUGCUGUGCCAACACUCAUGCUUUGGGCUAGAGCAGAAGGCAGGGCUUGGUGGGCUCUGUCCUCAGGGCCACUCUAAGGUACUCACUGCCCCCCAGGGAGCAGAGGGAUAGACCGUGGCCCCCAAGACACCACCGGUGACCCUCUUGGACGAUUUGGGGUCAGGCUGUGGCUUGGCCUCUGCUACCUGGGAGUCACUUUGGGCCUGGCCAUCAUCCUUUCACAGCUUCCUAGUCCUGGAGUUGGGUGUAAAGCAAAGGUGCCCCAGCUUGGCAGCUCUCGCUCUAGAAUCUCUCCUGUUGCUGUGAGGGGAAGAGGCAGAGCAGAAGUUGACUCCUUCAAGGUCCCCUGGGUGGGUCCCUGUCCUCACCCUGCACCCUCCAUCCCCCAGACUUGCUCUCCAGGGUGGGGGCCUUAGAUCCACAGAAUGUGUGGUGACGGCUGGUGCUCAGGGACCCUCAACCCCCCAGCCCUGGUCUCAGCCACGUCACCUUCCUCUCCUACCGACACUUUGUCUUCAGAUGCUUUAGUUACAGUGCCUUCAAGGGUUUCCGAUCAUCCUUACCAGAUAUUGUAUUGAAAAUAUUAUGCAAACUGUUUAAGCUUCUACUAAUCAAUAAAUGCUUUAUUUAAAGCCA